CAGGGAGGGCUUCCUGGUGGAGGCGCCCUCCAAGCAGAGACUGAACGGGGAAUGGGAGAGGGGAGGGAGAGGAGGAGAGAGUGUUCUGGAAGGACGGGCUUGUGCCAAGGCUGGAGGGGGGGGUCGAGCGCAGCUUUGAUCCAUCCUGCGCCCCAUCUGGGAAUCUGUCUGUCUGUCUGGAGGGGAAACCCCGGCUCAGGGAGGAGCCGGAAGUCAGUCCAUCCACAUGCAGAGAACAAAGUCUCCAGCCCAGUUCCUGCCUCCAGACGACUCUCAGCAGCCUCUCCUGCCACCUUGUCCCACAGUGCCCCCUGCUGGGACGCCCUCACCUCCCUCCACUCUUCCCCCAGGAUCACCCGGCUGCAGCCACCCCAGCCUCUUGGCUGCGUUGGCCAAGCUUGGUCGGGCCUCAGGACCUUUGCACUGGCUGUUCCCCCGUGCCUGAGAUGCCCUUCUCUUCUGCCUGGCCCACUCCUACCUUUGUUCGAGUCUGGGCUCCCCUGCAACCUCAGGAAAGCACUGUGGGACCCCCAGAGCGGGGUGGUUUCCCAGUUCCCCCUGGCACGGCGCCCACCCCCUCCUUGGCAGCGUUUCUAACAACCUUGUUCCGUGGUUCCUCGAUGAAUCAUUUCUACGUUAUUAUUGAUCAUUAAGCAGGAGCGGUUCAAAAUCGGGGGGCCCCUGUGCCCCCCCCCCCCGUGCCUGGCCCGGCGCCCCAUGCCCGUUGCUUGCCUGACGCACAGACGGAGGCCGUGUGGCUGACCACCGCGCGCCCGCAGGCCGAGGAUGCAGCGCUGGAAGGCGGCGGCCUUGGCCUCGAUGCUCUGCAGCUCCGUGCUCUCCGUCUGGCUGUGUCGCGACGGCCUGCUGCUCAGCCGCCACCUGGGCCCCGCGCUCGCCCCGCUGCGCCGGCCGCCGCGCACCCUGGACGCCCGCAUCGCGCGCCUGGCCCAGUACCGUGCCCUGCUGCAGGGCGCCCCGGACGCCGUGGAGCUGCGCGAGCUGACGCCCUGGGCCGGGCGGCCCCCAGGUCCGCGCCGUCGGGCGGGGCCCCGGCGGCGGCGCGCGCGUGCGCGGUCAGGCACACGGCCGUGCGGGCUGCGCGAGCUCGAGGUGCGCGUGAGCGAGCUGGGCCUGGGCUACGCGUCGGACGAGACGGUGCUGUUCCGCUACUGCGCAGGCGCGUGCGAGGCGGCCGCGCGCGUCUACGACCUGGGCCUGCGGCGCCUGCGCCAGCGGCGGCGCGUGCGGCGGGAGCGGGUGCGCGCGCAGCCCUGCUGCCGCCCGACGGCCUACGAGGACGAGGUGUCCUUCCUGGACGUGCACAGCCGCUACCACACGGUGCGCGAGCUGUCGGCGCGCGAGUGCGCCUGCGUGUGACCCUACCUCACCCGGCCCGGCCCGCCGGCGGCCACGCCCCCCCGCCCCGACGGCGCGCCCGGCCGGCCGGCCCGCGACAGACUGCCCAUGCGCAGGAGAUGCCCUCGGGGCCUCGGGACUCUCGCGAUAACCGUGCCGAGAUAAAGUGGUGGA